GAUGCGCCCUCUCGUGAGGCUGUGGCUGCGCCUCGGCCUGUGCGGCCUCCUGCUGGGGCAGGCGCAGGCCCCGAGCCGGGGGCCGCCGGAGCGGAGUCGGCCGUACGCGGUGCUGCGUGGGCAGAACCUGGUGUUGCUGGGCACCAUCUUCAGCAUCCUCUUGGUGACUGUGAUCCUGAUGGCAUUUUGCGUCUACAAGCCCAUUCGGCGUCGGUGACAGCUGAGCAAGCAAGUUCUUCCACAAGUAUUUGGGAACAGAUUAAGUUGUGUUAUAUACAGGUUGGUGGAGAAGUUGGAAUCAGGACUUUCUUCUUGGAAACGACCUAUGAUCUGGACAGUUGGUAAAUACAAAAUGGUUUAGAUAAGACAUCUAGCAAUUACUUUUUCCUAACACUGUAAUGCAAGUAAUCAGCCCCUGAGUCUGCUUCUCAAUGUUUUUUUUAAUCUGGCUAUACUUGUCAACAGUAAGAUCUGAAGCUCCAAGUUUCAGUGUAAAGAUGGAGUAUGUUCAUGAGAAAGCAAACACAAUAGCUCUGUGUGUGAUGUAACAAGCCAUGCUGGAAAGACCUAAUCAUCAAUGUUUGAUAAUAUUAACAAGAGUAAGGCUUAAUAUAUAGACAUUUCCCACUUAAGAACUGUUUGGUCACAGUGGGUUAAGACUCAGUGUUUUUAACUAGAGUUGAUCUAGAACACACUGGUUGCAAAGCAGUGUCAGCUAUGGGACCCUCAGGCCAUCAUUGUUUGUGCUGCAUGGAGCUCUGCCCACAGGUGCCCUCAUUGACGUAGGCUUGCAUCAGAUAGGCCGGUUACCAUGUGCACCCCUGGGCUGGAAGGCUCUGGGGUCAGACCAGAAAUGUGUACCUGUUGGCCCAUAGGAGAAAGAACUCCAGACACAUUGAUCUCACUUGUGUUGUACUCAAGUCUUUCGAACCCAUGACCUAAAACUUGUGGCAGCUUUUCAGAUUUGGAGUCUAAAAGAGACUCCAAAGGAGCUUCAACUGUGGGUGGGGUGGGAGGGGAGGUGCAGGGACCCCCAAGUGCAUGCUCACUGUGCCCAGCCAGGCAGGUGUGUGUUUACAUACAUUCAAUUACAUUUAAUUUCAACUUUGAAAAUGCUGCUGUUAGCUUGCACUGUUGUUGAACUGGAUUUCCCCCCUGAAGUGAUACUUUCAUACUAACAAAGUUGUUAUCAGUAUUUAUUUUAUUUUAAUGGUGCUAGGUUUAAUUUUCUGUUAUUAAAUUGAAAGUCUUGGGCUUCAUUCAAGCACAACACUGGUUUCUUUUUCUUUAAACAACCCGCACUUAAUGUGAAGUAAUUAACAUGGGAUACUGUAAUUGCUUGACUUCAGAAUUUUGUUGAAACCCUACCAUUGAGCCAUUAAAAUGUUCAUUGCUCUGUGCUGUUAAGCAGAUUUUCAAUUAAAAUCCUGCAUGCUAUUGUACUCCUAGUCGUUGUUUUCCAAGGGUUUACAAUACAGGUGUGUGUUUGAAUCCAAUUUAACCUCUCAAGGAAGCACUGUGAAGUGGAAUUUUAAAUUUUAUAUGUGAAAUUGAUAGGGGGAAAGGAUGUCCUGAGCAGACUCCACGCAGGCUUUGUGGACUCUACCCCCACCACACUGGGAACUACAAAUCCCAUGAUCACCAAUGGGAAGGUUGCGAGGACCUGAGGGCAGAGUUAAACAGCUAGGCUCUCUGGGCGUUUGGCCAGGAGGUCGCUGGCUUGGCCAUGAGGCGUGCUAGGUUUUUGCCAGCUCAGCGGGUCAUUGGGAUUCCAGGUCAGCGGAAUGGGUAGGACGCAUUUACGAACUUAUCUCCCUCUUUUUCUCCCUGAGUUAUUCAUUUCCCAUUUCCCCUUCCCUUGUAAAUAAACCUUUUAUCAACCUUUUGUGUGUGUCUGCAGUUUAGCAUUAAUAAGUCCCCUUUAAGCACGGGGGUCAGGACCCACAGUCAGGCAACCCCAGUUUAUAUCGAUGUUUGCCCUGUAACAAAAACAACUCUUCGCCUCAAGGCAGAGUUCAGGAAACUGGGCCAUAGUAAGCCUCUCAGGCAGGACCAGGUGUCAGGAAACAUGGAUUCUUGACCCAGUUCCAGUUCACAACAGGUUAACUUUUUCCGAGCAUUUUGCUCAUUUAUAAAUGGUGAUAUACACACUCUUUAACUUUGUUAGAUACAGUGAAGAUCAAAUGACACGAAAAGGAAUACAAAGGAAGGUGGGGCCACCAUGGCAGACGUGCCCCAUGGCAGCUUGUAGUGUUCGACUGGAGGGAGGAGGAACAGGGUGGAGUCUGAGACUGACAUUGACAGAGUUAAGUCCCUGGAGUGCACAUCCUUACCUUAUCUGGUAUUUCACAUUUUGAUAAUUAUGCCUAAAAAUGUAUCGCCAUUUUGGGAUUUUGAAAGAAAACAAUAGAAAUCUGCCAGGCCCUUGUAACCUGCCGCUGCUGCUCAGUAAACACCGCUGUAGGGAAAAUGAGUGAAAAAUCAGGCUUUCUAGGCCCUCCCCUCAUUAGCAUCUAUGACCAGGACCUGUGGUCUUGCACAUACACCUGUAAUUAUGGACACCUGGGCCCAGAGAGCACGGGGCUUGCAUAUAUGUAAGUGGGGACACCUGUUUCAAGGGGUGAGGGGAUAUAAAGGUGGUGUCACUUUGAGGCGGGACUACAAAGGGAGAAGACAGCCAGAGAAAUAGAGAAAGCCGGUCUCCUGGUUCAGCAUGUGUUUAUGUAAAGGGGUCACCUAUGCCAAGGGGCGAGGUCACAAGGGCAGCAUCUCUCUGAGGCAGAAUGACAGAGGGAGAGUCAGAGAAAUAGAGAAAGCAGGUCUGCCCUGAUUCAGCAUUAAAGGCCUAUAAAAAUCUACCAAAGGCUCCAAAUAUCUUUUUGUCUGUGAGAACUGACAAUGAACCUACUUGGCCUGGGAUGGUUGCAAAACCAGCCGGACAGGAGGAGCAUGUUCCAGAUUCCUGAAACAACCUUGCAGUAGUUACUCCACACACAAAUCCAGAACCCAGCCAACUUCUUCAUUCCAACAUUGCCAUCUGUUCCUAUGAGAUUUCAAGCUAAAGUAGGACAAAGAAUCAUCUUGAUAGACAGAUUAUAACCAAGAUAUGAGUAAAGAAGGAUGAAAACAUAACUCUGGGGUGGGAGAGAAUUACACGAAAACUUCUAUGUGCCAGAGACUGGCCAACCAAUACUUUCAAGAAGAAUUAUUUUCCUGACCAUCCUUCGGAGUGUGGGGGAACGCAGAAGCCAAACCCAAGACCUUAUAAACAGAACCCUUAUUCGGCAUACCUGUCAUGUACUGCAGUGAACACAUUCAAUUAAUUUAUACCAAACACAAGUUAUUUUAGCAAACACUAAUCUUAACUUUCAUUUAAGUUGAGAUUAAGAAGCCUACCGGUGCUGCUUGAGAUGUAGGAAUUCAGAACUCAUGACACUUUUUCUUAGCUGAACCCAGUUGGAAAUCCAUAUAUAUAUACUAGACAUGUGUCUAGCUUAGGCUUUGACUACCAUCGCUUGCUGCAUUGCAGUCCUUUGAAGUUGCCGUAGUCCAACUUAUCACCUUGUCAUCUGCAUUCAGCAGGAAAUGACCCAAUUGAUGGUUAUGGUCUUUGCCUUUCUGGUCAUUAUUUAGAGCAGACUCGCCUUCCAUACUGUACAUUAUGUAUGGCAUAACAGGCUUGUUUAUGGAGGAGUGU